UUUUGUUGAGUGGAAUUUUACGUUGAACACGAAAACGAGGUCGUUUUGAAACUGAAGGAGGUGAAGAAGUAGAGUGGAUUUCUCAGACAAAGGUGGUUUCCGUCCCCUUCUUCAUGUCGUUAGAUUCCCGCCAUUUUGGAGGAGAAGAAUGAAUUUCAAAUUUCAUGCUUUCGCAACGGUCACCUUCCCUUCUCCCUCCUCAAACCCUACUUCCAAAGCCCUAGUUCCUCCAAACCUCUCCAAACUUUAUUUACUCAACCGCCAAAACCCUAAGCCACACCUUUCUAUAUACAAAACCCUAGAAUCAGCUAAGUGCCCGAGACUCCAAAUCAGAGCUACAGCUAAUAAUCAAGGGGAAUCUGGGAACUGGACCAAAUGGUUGCCGAGAGGAGUUGUUGCUGCUGAUAGGAUUCUGAGAUUGAUUUCGAGUGCAACUUCGAGCCCCAUUAGCCAGUUCAUUUCAUCGCCCACAACAUUUCUACAUUCAGUGGACCCCAGAAUCAAAUUGGUAUGGCUCCUGGCUCUGGUUCUCUUACCGGCAAGAUCACAUAUCAUAAUGCGUUUUGGAUUAGUUGUAUACUUGGCUUGUCUUUCAGUUUGGAUUCUCCCAACACAAGUAUGGAUGGAUCAACUGGGAAGGGUGUCUUUUCUCUCUGGACUUUUGUUUAUAAUGUUGGGUCUGGGUUCAGAUGGUGCACCUCCUCUUGUCCAGUUAAGAACACCACCACCAGCAAUGAUGGGAUUGCCUAAUCUUCCUGAUUCUUUGGGAGGUUACUCAUAUUUAGUCAUGAAGCUUGGACCAUUACAGCUUACAAGGAAGGGCCUGUCAGUGGCGAGCACAGCUGCAUGUUUAACAUUCACUAUCUUUCAAAGUGCGAGCCUAUGCCUGACAACAACAACCCCAGAGCAACUUGCAUCUGCUUUGUGGUGGUUUAUGCGCCCCUUGCGGUUCAUUGGCGUUCCAGUGGCUGAAAUCACUCUUACUCUCCUGCUUUCAUUGAGGUUCAUCAGUCUUGUGUUUGAUGAGGUCCGUAAUGUUGCUUUGGGAAUAAUAUCUCGUAGGAUAAAUUGGCAACAGUUGACAACAAUGGAGACAAUUGAUAUUUUCGUCUCUUACGUUCGUAGGAUCUUCAAAAAUAUUUUUAGCCAUGCAGAGCAGAUUUCUCAGGCAAUGAUUGUCAGAGGUUUUAGAGGGGACAGUAGCACUCAUAAACUUUACUUCUUAUCAGACUCAUCCAUUCGGAUGGAAGAUGUUGUUUCCUUAUUGUGCCUAAUUGGCAUUAUAGGUGCUGCCGUUUUGUCCGAAUAUUUGCUCGUCUGAAAUGCAUUCUCACCUUCAUUGGGUGUUUUCAUCUCUUCACGGUUGCCACAUUUUUUAUGUAACGGGUUUAAGCUCCUUGUUGCAAUAUAUUUUUACUGCCACAUAUUAUUCUUUUCUUGUAAAAGUUAACCUCAGAUUUUAUACCAAGAAAUUUGAAUAAAUUCCAUAAUAGGCACCCUCCA